AUGGCGACAACAACGCCGGCACAAAAGUUUCGUGCUGGAGUUGGCCGGCGAGCCGUCUUGAUCUGUGCUUGCGCCUUACUCGGGGCUUUGGUUGCCCCGACUGCUGCCUACACAGACCUGGAUCUCCUGGAGUACGCACCACUAGACGGCUCUCACACGCGCGAUGGCCACGUCGGUGCCACCUUGCACUCGCGUUGGCAGGGCGUGCCUCGCGUGCGGCGAGCCGAUGCUACUUAUGAUGCACACAGCCAAAACACUGACGAGACCCCUGAUGCCCAUUUGGCGCCGGCCCCACGUAUUGCAGUGGAUGCUUUGCUUCCGGGUGUGAUGCCAGAUGGCGUUUCUCACACCCACAACGCGCUGCUGCCCUACUUUGCCCUCUUUGUCAACCUUGAUCUCCUGCAGCUGGCUGAACAGGAGCGGAUUUGCCGAGUCAAUGCCACUGCCACAAACUGCACCGUUGCUAUCAACAACGCAAGCUCCGUGCUUGACGCCUCGCAGAUCUACGGCGUCAAUGCUGCUGAUCAUGCCCAAAUCCGCACUGGAACCGAUGGUACGAUUCGCACCUUGCACACGGGGGCACUUGAGCAUCUGACACGGUGCCAAGGGCUGGCCUGCGUGCUGGCCACCCACGUCCAAUCGAGCACCCGUGGUCUGGUGACCGCCUUCAAGCUGAUUUUCGAGCGCGAGCACAACCGCUGGUGCCGCACGCUGAAGCAUGCCUUCCCCAGCUGGGGGGAUCAGGAGCUCUUUGAUGAGGCACGCAAGCAUGUGAUUGCCGUGUUGCAGUCAGUCACCUACGGCGAGCUUCUACCAGCACUCCUGGGUGAAACCUGCCCCCGCAUGGAUGGCAACUCCUUGGAUACGGGCACCGAGUACAUGCCGGAGGACGAUAGCGCUCAGGUGGGACCCGAAUAUGUUGCGGCGGCAGAUCUGCUCAUGGCCACGGUGCCUCAGCGAGUAGAGCGCCGUGCUGUACGCGACAGGCGCGUGGCCCGCGACGCUGAGGUGCACGAUCUGUUGGAGAAUCUACUUGACAACACCACCAUAACCAUUGAGGAAGUGGCCACGCUCAUUCUUGGCGCCACCUACCAACCCGCCAACCUCUUUAUGGGUGAAGCCAGCAACAGUGCCAUUUCGCGCUUUGACAUUGUUGAGAGUGCCAUUGAACGGGCCCGUGCCCUGGGCGUAGUCCCGUACAACCAGCUGCGCCGCGCAUACGGCCUGGAUACGGCUGCCGACUUUGACGAAGUGACCACCGACGGCCGUAUUGCUUACCUGUUGCGCACCAGCUAUGGUGCCAACAUUGAAGAGUUGGACGCAUUUGUUGGAGCGGCUGCCGAGGAGCCCAUUCGCGGCAGCAUCUUUGGCGAAACACUCUCUCGCGUAAUUUGCGGAACCUUUGCCCGCCUGCGCAAAAACGAUCCUCUACACUACGAAAGCGGCGCCCACUUCAACGCGUCUGAGCUUGGCCGCCUGCAUCGCAUUAGCCUCGGCAACAUCCUGCGUGCCAACGUGCCCGAGCUCGCGAGCAUCAACCUCAAUCGGGUCUUUUACCUGCCAGAGCCACAGAACACGGAAGCCGUCAACGUCGACUGCGUUGUUUCGGAGUGGAUGACCACCGGUCCCUGCUCGCAUUACUGCGGCGGUGGUUCCCGCCCGCAGGUGCGCAAGGUGCUUCGUGCGCCGCGCGGUGCUGGUCUUCCCUGCCCCGAACUGCGCCGCGCUGUUGGCUGCAACUUGAAGCGCUGCACGGAUGAUGACUUGAGCAACAUUAGCGCCACGCGGUCCUGUGUUGUGGGAUUCUGGGCCAACUAUGGCCCAUGCCUCAACGGGUCUCAAGUUCAGGGUCGCCCAGUGCUGCGCCCUCCCACCACGGGUGUGGAUGACUGCCCCGACGUCGAGCGUCGCAUCUCGUGCACAGACAAUAUGCUGACUGCUGCCGAAUUGGAGGAGGCCGACGACGACGCCCAGCUUCUCGAGCCUACCGAGGAGCCUGACGAGGACGAGAACGAGGAGGACGAAGGAGAGACCGAGCCGGAGACGUGCGUCAUGUCCGACUGGUCGGAGCUCUCUCCCUGCAGCCGUUCGUGUGGGGGUGGUGUACAAAUGCAGCAACGGACCAUCAUCUCGCGCCCUUCGUACAAGACCAAAUGCCCGAGCUUGGUCAAGGUGAUGCAGUGCAAUCUGCAUCCCUGUGCUUCAACCCCGCCGACAGCGGGAGUUGGCACAACCACAUCCACCGAUGAUGCAGUUGUCCUUCAGGGUCGCCGUCAGCAGGCGUGCAGUGACUUGGCGCACGGCGCCACCUGCAGUUGGCUCACCGAAAACGAGAUGCAGCGGUGCUCGGUCUCGUGCUCCAAUGGCACGCUCAGUGCGGCUGCCUGCAUCACCGUGCAGAACGAAAACAAGGACCUCUCCGAGGCCGAGAAUGGGUCAGGGGAUAGCGGGUCGCAGGUGGGCGGUGAUGACGCACGGGGCAAGUACGGUACCAUCACCGCAAUGUUGGUCGGCGUGGCCCUGGUCAUUGGCCUUUUGGCUGCGGCAUAUACAUGGCAUCGCCACCGUAACUCGGCGCGUCAAGAGCUUUCGUCUUCGUUGGCCUCGUCCACCCUGACCAUGUUAUCAGAUCCCACCAUGUUGGAUCCCGUGGCACCCAUGACCGCGCCCACCAAUGCUGGCCUGUCGCCGCCGGGUCGCCUGAAACGUCGCACGUCAGACCUAUUGCCCGUUGGUGAGCACGAAAGCAUGGGUGAUUUUGACACAGAGCCCGAGGCAAGCACAGCGACGGCUGUGCGCGCCCCUGCUGGCCCGGGUCUGCAUGGUCGCCACGGCUAUGAACGGCGUGCCUCACUCAAGUACAUUGGUGGUUUGGAGAACCCUCAGUCUGAGGCUUGA